CUGCUAGAAUUAACACUCUGACUCUUACUAACAUGUGCAGAAUACAUGUCAUUUGUUGACGUCGAUCCCUCAAUAUGGAAAGCUGUUUUCAAAAGAAGUGUUUAUUGAUAUUUUUAGUCACGUGUAUCCUGUGGUUGUCGUAAGACUUUAUUCAGCGUCCAAAUGAGUAGCGGACUGACCGAGCUCCAAGACCGGGGGUCAGAGGUUGACAUGACCCCACCGAAGAGGCUCCGCACCGCAGAAAGCGGUGCAGAAGCACCAGCAGGAGGGCAGGAUGAGCUGGAGGGGAGUGCAGUGGAUGUGAGUAUUGUCAUGCCAGUGUACAAUGCAUCCUGUUGGUUGGACGAGUGUUUGCAGGCCAUCUUACAGCAAGACUUCACCGGAACCAUGGAGCUCUCUGUCUUUGACGAUGCAAGCACUGAUGACUCCAGAAAAGUGGUGGAGGGUUGGAGAGACAGGCUGGAGGCAAGGGGCAUCUCCAUGGUGAUCUCUGGCCACAACUCUGCUCAACCAAGAGGAGUGGGAUAUGCGAAGAAUAAGGCAAUAUAUCAGAGCUGUGGACGCUACUUGUGCUUUCAGGAUGCGGAUGACAUUAUGUUGGCCCAAAGAGUUCGUGUGCAGUAUGAGGCAUCUUUCCUCCACCCAAAUUUUUUAAUCGGCUGUAGAGUUCAGAGGGUUCCAGAGGGAUCGACAGAACGUUAUACUCGCUGGAUCAACACAAUCACUCAGGAUCAGCUCAUCACACAGGUGUACACUUCUCACGGGCCCACAGUCAUCAUGCCAACAUGGUUCUGUUCAAGGAACUGGUUCCUAAAGGUUGGAUCGUUUGAUGAGGGGGGAAAGGGAGUCCCAGAGGACUUGCUCUUCUUCUACCAGAGUCUUCGUAAAGGAGGAGGCGUGGCCAGAGUUGACCAAUGUUUGCUGGUGUACCGUUACCACGAGAAGGCUACCACACACUCCGUGACAGAGGAAACCAUUUGGAACCAGCGAGUGGCAUUCCUGCAGGAGAGAGUUCUUAGCCAAUGGGAGCGCUUCACCAUAUGGAAUGCUGGGAAACAGGGCCGGAAGCUGUACCGCUGCCUCAGCCCGACCAAUCAGAAGAAAGUCAAAUCUUUCUGUGAUGUGGAUGAGAACAAGAUUCAGAAAGGCUUCUACACAUACGAGGACUCCAAGGAAAGACCAAAGCCAAAAAUCCCAAUUCUGCACUACAAAGAUGCCUCCGGCCCCUUCGUUAUCUGUGUAAAACUGGACAUGACAGGAGGCGUUCUGGAGGAAAACCUCAACUCUUUGCAGCUGAAGGAAGGAACAGAUUAUUACCAUUUCAACUGACAGCUUGGAGUGGUGACAAAGGGGCGCUGCAUCUUUAACAGGCGGAGGAAUGCGCAGGAGUGGAUUACUUACACACACAAACUGAGAGAUAGGCAGGUGAUAACAGAAAAACAGUGAACUGAACAUUGGAAUAGAGUGAAGGACUAUAGCAGGACGAGAGGGAGAAGAAUAUAAUGAAUGUAAUGUGUUUUCAGUGUUAAAAGAAGAUAGAAUGUUUUACUCAGCAACUCCGGCUAAGUUUAUUCACCUGUUUAUAAAGGCACAACAGUCCAUUCCGGUCCUGACUUCCCUCCCGCACAUCUGAACCACAGCACUCUGGUUAUUACUGUGUUUGUCCAGAAGCUUAAUAGAAUAGUUUGAGAUUUUUGGAAAAUACGCUCACUUGCUUUCUUGCCAGAUUGAUAACACUCUCAUGUCUGUACACCAAAUAUUAAGCUAGAGCAGGGGAAGGUUAGCUUGGCUUAGCAUAAAGACUUAAAGACAUAAAGACCAGCACCUCUAAGGCUCAAUAAUUAGCAUUUCAUUAUUUGAAUCUGUACAAAAAAUUUUACCUGUAAGUAUAAAAACACCAAGCUGUGGUUUUGAGCAUGAUGAUUUCUUUGCAGAGAUUUUUCUAUUUCUUUUUUUAAAAAAUUACGUUUCAGUUUUUGUACUGACUAAGAACAAGACACAUUGUUCCAUUGGUGAGAUUAAGGGGUCCUGGUUGGGGGAUCUUUUCACCUUUUGACAGGCAGGCUAGCUAUAUCCCCAUGUUUGUGCUGAGCUAAGCUAACCUCCCGUUGGUUCUAGCUUCAUACUUAAUAGACAGAUGUGCAUGGUCAUCAUCUUCUUAUCAUGCAUAACUUUCAGCAAGAGAGUGAAAGGGUGAACUGACAAGAAAAAAGAAGUUGAGGGAUGUUUUGGUAAUUCAGUUACAAAGAAGAGGGCAUUGGGGUACUCCUAUUUAUCGGAGGACAGCUAUUUAUCAUGCAAGGAUGACUGCAAUGUUGACCACCGUAAAAAUCAUAUUAUUGUUGUUUUCUAAGUCUGUGUGGAUUGAGUCAUUUGGUAUGUGCCAACCUGUAUACUUAAACUUCUGUUGAAGUGAAGUGAUGGGAGUCAGCAUGUCUUCACAGGAGGAUAAACGUAUCAACAGUGGGAUGAUUUAUGACCAGAGUCCUUACACAGCUUUCUUAACAGUGCUCUCUGAUGCAACCAGGCAAAAUCAGAUACACGCACAUAUCUGCUACAAAUGUACAAACAUGGAUACUGUACGUAUUUGUUUUCCUUUCACUGAGUCUCUUAUGAAAUCUAAAGAACAAUAACCUCUUUAAGAGAGCACAGUUCUGAUACAUAAACAUACACAAAAAAAGUUUAUUUUACCUCACAGAGUGUGGAGUUUUUCUACCCAAAGGUAAACAGACCUUUCCCCACAAAUCUCCCCCGGUGUUUCCUGGGUCGGCGAGGCGGUCUGCUUUCUUGUAAAUUUG